ACAAAGUAAACCAAAAUGGCCGACAGCAUGGGAAAGAGGAAAAAGAGAUUAACUUGGAAUAAGGAGGUUUCCAAGGAUAUGGCUGCAGAAAUGGCCACAAAGGGGCAUGUAUAUUCCGCUAAUGAAAUUCGUGUGAAAAUACACAACUUGACAAAUAAAUACAGAGAUGAGAGGAAAUCUAUUGGUCCCUCUGGCGGCAGCCCUUCGACAUGGGAAUUCUACCCUAAAAUAAAUAGUAUCUUCGGGAGCUAUAAAAGCUUCAAUUUGGAAACAUUGAUGGAGGAGAGCACAGUACACGAAGUUGUAGACUGUGCAUCACCCCUUACGCUGGAUUCCCAGGAAGAAUUGCCGUUUGUUGACGAGGAACCUGCAAGAAAAAGAAAAAACAUAUUUCAAACAAAAAUAUUCAAAAUGAAUUUUUGGAGGAAUUCCGGGCUUCAAAUAAAAGAAUUGCGGCGGAAAUUAAAGCAAUUUAAUAGGAUGGCAGGGAGGCCCUUGAAAUUGAAAGAAAAAGAAAUGACAUCCUCGAAAAAUUCUUGGAAGCAUUUAAGGAAAGCAUGUAACAACAUAUCCCUGAAAACGUGAGAAUUAGUAUUGUUAAUGUGUGAUAUAUUAAUAUGAAAAAUUAAUUUACUGUAAAAAAUUAAAACGUUAGAAUUACAUUUUAUAUAUAUGCA